AUGGCACAGUCUUAUCAGGCUCAAUCCGCAAGGGGCCAAUCGUUCAUUGGGUCAGCCUCCAAGGCGCUGUUAAAGACAAUUCGCUCGCUGACCCCAACCUCGAACGUCCUCGGGAGAACGCCAACCUCCACGAUCGUGGCGUUGUACAAGGAGCACACAGCAACCUACACCACCCCACCUCUCUCCUCCGAAAAGGCAUCCGAAAUCCUCCAAGAGUCGUCCGGCGGGCAAGUAUACCUCUCUCACCAUCCCAAGACUGAUAAGUCCUACGUCGUGAAGCAUACUGAGCCAGCUCCGCCUUCAGAACGUUCCCAUCCUCCAACGGAGUCGUAUGUCAUUGAAAGCGUCUUGCAACCGCAUCCGAACAUCAUCUUCCACCACGAAGCCAUCCAUGACUCGUCGAACCCGGGUCGACACUACAUCGUUCUCGAAUACUGUUCUGGCGGCGAUCUCUUCAACCAACUAUCGCACUGGUGGCUAACUCGUGAAACCCACGUUCCCGUACUCUUCCUCCUCCACACAAUCGUCGAACUCUUUGACGCCUGUGCGUAUAUCCACCACGGAUUACGCCAUGUCGGCGGAGGAAAAUACACCCAAGACCCAAAAUUUCGCCCUGUCAUACACAACGAUAUAAAGGGCGAGAACAUUUUCUUGAAGAACUCCACAGAUUCAAUUGGUGGAUUACCGUCUCUAGUCUUGGCAGAUUUUGGCCACGCUCGCGUCGUAGGUGAGACUUUAUACGAAACAGGAGCCGGAACGCCAAAUUACUUCGCUCCAGAAGACCAGAAACUGACCCAGCAGGCGCAAGAUGCCGGAAAAUUAGAAGCCGACGAAGACAUAACCGAAGUCUACUACACCAUCAGUCGCAACCGGACCACAGCGGCAGACAUCUACUCCCUGGGUCAUGUUCUAUACAUCAUGGCCGCGAACAGCGGUUUCAACAGAGAAACAAUCUCGAGAUGGGCGAUCGGAAAAGAUCCGCUCAAAAUGAAAAUCUCGCCUGAGUAUCUUGAGGUUGAUGGACUUCUGGAGAUCAUGCAAAAGUGUCUGAUUCCUGAAGUCGAGAACCGUGCUUCUGCUGAUUUCGAUCCAAAGACCGGUGUAUUGCCCCUUGUGCAUCAGAUUCGAAAGGUGAGAGAUGAGAUGAUUCGAAAAGGUGAGCGUUUGCCUCGUGUCGAAUGGCUACAGCCCCCGAGCGACUGGUCUUGA